UCUCCCUUCCAUAAACUCUUCCUUCAAUCCAGCUCACAAAACCCCCUAUUUUAAAUCCUUUCUCUCUCUCAAUCUCUCUCUCUCCCUCUCAUGGAGCUGAUUCCUGGUCUCCCUGAUGACGUUGCUCGUGAUUGUCUUAUUCGUGUCAUGCACCCGCAGUUCUCCACCGUCGUAUCAGUCUGCAAAGCGUGGAAAACUGAGCUCGAGUUGCCGGAAUUUCACCGUCGCAGGAAACUUACCUGUAAUACUCAAAAGCUUGUCGUUAUGGCUCAAGCUCGAGUUGAACGAAAGGAAGACUCUAAGGCUAUGAAAUAUGGAGUUAGCCCGAUUUACCGCUUCACCGUUCUUGAGCCAGAUACCGGUGAUUGGUGUGAAUUACCUCCAAUUCCGUGGUUUUCCGAUGGCUUGCUCAUGUUUUGCCAGGUGGUGAGUGUCGGGUCCGAUAUUGUUGUUUUGGGCGGGCUGGAUCCGGCGACUUGGGAAGUCUCGAAUUCGGUUUCUAUUUUUAAUUUCGUUUCGGCUACGUGGCGACGGGGAUCUAGUAUGCCAGGUGUACGACGAUCAUUCUUUGGGUGUGCAUCUGAUUCUGAUCGGACUGUGUUUGUCGUUGGUGGACAUGAUGGUGACAAAAAUGCGCUGAGAUCUGGAUUGGCAUAUGACGUGAAAGACGAUAAUUGGUUCCCGUUGCCUGACAUGACAAGGGAGCGUGACGAGUGCAAGGCGGCUUUCCUCGGUGGCAAGCUCCACGUCAUUGGAGGCUACUGUACUGAAAUGCAAGGUAAAUUCGAAAAAGACGCCGAGGUGUUUGAUUUUGCCACGUGGAAGUGGGAUCAUUUAGGAGAUAACUUCUUAGAAAGUGCUUCAUGUCCUAGGACAUGUACUAUCUGCGAUGAUGAGUUAUAUAUGUGUCAUGGAGGUGAUGUGCUGGCACUUAAAGGUACAACGUGGCAAGCUAUUGCUAGGCUUCCUUGUGAUGUGAGCAAGAUUGCUUAUGUGGCAGCAUGGCAAGGCAAGUUGAUGGUGAUUGGCUCCGGGGGAUUCGGUCAGCCCCAUAUGGCUUACGUGUUAAAUAUGCAAAAGUAUGAGUGGGUAAAACUGGAAACACCUGAGCAAUACUCAGGGCAUGUCCAAUCAGGUUGUUACUUGGAGAUUUAAGACAACUGUUUUUUUUUCCGAAGAGAGCUGUUGGGAUGGAACACUGUGUACACAAACUAAAAUGCUUGAAAUGAUCAGUAUGAUGUAAAUACAAGAACAUGGUUUUUGGUUGCUUU